AUGCUGACGGGGGCAUCAAUCUUUCUGGACAUAACGGCUAUGUCCGGGAUUGCACCAGUCUCGGGCCAGACGUUCCACCUGAAGCUGGUCUGUCCCCUUGUCAUGCAGCUGAGCGCACUGAACGCGUUUGCAGGAGCAAUGACCCUCUUGCCUCUUUCUGGCGUGAAGACAGCGAAAGGGAAGGGCAAGGCUGCCAAGGGCGCUAAGGCGGCAGCCAAGAGUGGGCCAACAUCGUUCUACGCUGGGAUGCAGUGA